AUGACGGCGGCGCAUCCAGUCUUCACCCUCGAAGACAUGCAACUGCUGCACCAUUGGACAACGAGAGUUUACCUAUUCCACACUCCUUUCACUGACGAUGACAAAACGUUAUGGAGCGAAGAUGUUGUCAAUAUCGCCUUCCAGCAUACAUUCCUACUCCAUGGACUACUCGCAAUUUCAGCACUACACAAGACGUUGGUUGACUCACAAGGUAGUCGUGCCAGCCUACUUGCACGGGCUGACGCACAUAUGUCCGCUUCCCUUGCAACAUAUCUGAGGCUGCUUGAGGAGUCGGCUCUGGAGACUGUAGUCCCCUGUUUCCUGCUCUCUUCCAUUUGCUUUGCAUAUAAUCUUGCCACAGCCCAGGUCGAGGAGCCUGAGGAGCCAAUCGAUGCCAUGUUACAUUGCUUCCGCUUGCUUCGUGGAGUGAAGGUCGUUAUCGGUAAACACUGGCAACAACUUCAGCAAGACGAAACUGUAGGGCGGAUGCUCGCUCCAGCACGUAACAUUGACCAGUUCUCAUUACCUGAGGAUGUAGAGUGCACUCCUCUUCUCGAACUAAAACAACUCGCCGAUCAAUUGAAUAUGCCACAAAAAGACAUAUGCAUCGAGGCCAUCGAAAAUCUCCACGAAACUUUCGUCAAGACGACGCUGUGUUCCACAGAGAAGCAAGCACAUGUUGUCAUUAUGGCUUGGUCAGCAACACUGAGUACCGAGUUUCUUGAUCUUUGUAAUGCUGGUAACCUUGUCGGUGCCCUUGUUAUAGUCUAUUGGACUAUCUUAUCGGGACCGAACUCGGCUGCUUGGUGGUUAAAAGGCUGGUUGGAGCGACUUAUACACGCCUGUGAGAAACUGAUGGCACCAACACCAGAGCUCAUGAAGUGGCUCGAAUGGCCUAUCGAAAUGUCCAGACGGAAUCCAGAUCAGUUCGCGGUGUUUUGUUGUAUACGCCCUUCCCCAAUGGUCCUCACUCCCGCGAAUGCAACCACUCUUGUUGAUACGCCACUUUCGAACGCUCAAGGUACAGCCGAUGCAAUGUAG